AUGGCCUUUCAAUCAAAGCAACCUCAUUUUGUGUUGCUUCCACUGUUUGCUCAAGGCCACAUGAUCCCCAUGGUUGACAUGGCUAAGAUCUUGGCUGAGCAAAGGGUGAUUGUGACUUUGGUUAGCACCCCUCAAAAUGCAACAAGGUUUGAACAAACAAUUUGUAGAGCAGCAGAAUCUGGCCUUCAAAUUCACCUCCUUAAGAUCCCAUUUCCAUGCCAAAAAGUGGGACUUCCUUUAGGUUGUGAGAAUCUUGACAAUUUGCCAUCAAGAAACCUACUAAGAAAUUUCUAUAUUGCACUUGACAUGCUGCAAGAACCAUUGGAGAAGUACCUCCAAAACCAUGCUUCUCCACCAAGUUGCAUUAUAUCAGAUAAGUGCCUCUCUUGGACAUCAUUAACAGCAAAGAAGUUCAAUAUUCCAAGGCUUGUUUUCCAUGGAAUGUCCUGCUUCUCAUUACUCAGUUCUUACAAUAUCAAACUCCACAAUGCUCACCUUUGUGUUAACUCAGACUCAGAACCUUUUGUCAUACCGGGUAUGCCUCAAAGGAUUGAGAUAACAAGAGCACAGCUUCCAGGAGCAUUUGUUGCUCUCCCUGACUUGGAUGAUUUCAGAGACAAAAUGCGUGAAGCUGAAAUGUCUGCUUAUGGGGUUGUGGUAAAUAGCUUUGAAGAAUUGGAACAUGGGUGUGCUGAGGAGUAUGAGAAGGUCAUGAACAAGAGAGUUUGGUGCAUAGGUCCAGUAUCUUUAUGCAACAAGUUGAGUUUGGACAAGUUUGAGAGAGGAAAUAAACCUUCAAUUGAAGAGAAACAAUGCUUGGAAUGGCUCAACUUAAUGGAACAAAGGUCAGUUAUUUAUGUGUGCCUUGGUAGCUUAUGUAGGCUUGUUCCAUCACAAUUAAUAGAACUUGGGUUGGGCUUAGAAGCAUCAAAUAGACCAUUUAUUUGGGUAGUCAAAACUGCAGAAGAAAAUUUUUCAGAGUUAGAAAAGUGGUUAGAAGAUGAAAACUUUGAGGAAAGGAUCAAAGGGAGAGGACUUUUGAUUAAGGGAUGGGCUCCACAAAUUCUAAUAUUGUGUCACCCUGCAAUUGGAGGAUUCUUGACCCAUUGUGGUUGGAAUUCAACAAUAGAAGGUGUUUGCUCUGGUGUGCCAUUGAUAACGUGGCCUUUAUUUGCUGAACAAUUUUUGAAUGAAAAAUUGGUUGUGGAAGUUCUGAAGAUUGGAGUUAGAAUAGGUGUUGAGUUUCCUGUAAGGUUUGGUGAUGAAAAGAAAGCUGGGGUAUUGGUGGAGAAAACUAGAGUCAUAGAAGCUAUAGAGAUGUGUAUGGAGGGAAGUGAAGAGGGAAACAAGAGGAGAACUAGAGCAACAGAACUUGGAAACAUGGCUAGAAGGGCUUUAGAGGAGGAAGGUUCGUCUCGCUUCAACAUUUCAUGCUUAAUUCAAGAUAUUAUGGAACAUUAA